AUGGGAAAAGGAAAAUCGGGAAUUUUCACCUAUAAAAUUACAUGCGAAGGGAUUCGUGAUUUGAAAUCUUUAUCGUUUCAAUAUCUUCCAGAAUCUACGACUCAACUUAUUAUUCGGCAAACGUAUUUUCAAUCAUUCAAUAUUUUUCGUCAGAUAUUAAGUGAAAGUCCACUUCAACUAAAAAAAUUGACACUUUUAUCCGUAACCGACGGAGUAAUAAAUCAAACGACGAUUCAAAAUACAUUUUCGAAUAAUUUUCUUUUAAAAAAAAAUGAUACCAUCAUAAAAUCAAUAAAAAAGGAGAAAGAGAAAGAAAAGGAAAAUGAGAAAAAUAAUGGAGGAUUCGAUAAUAAAAAAAAAAAAGAUGAAUUUUUACCAUUUGCUUUGUUACAAAAUCCAAAAUUACGAACUAAACACGAUGGGGAGGAUUCGAUGAUGAUGACGUCAACAACGACGACGAUGACGUAUCGUAAAAACGUUAAAUUUAAAAACGUUAAAAUUUUAAUUUUAUCAAAUAAUUCAUUGGAACACAUACCGGAGAAUACGUUCGAUCAAUUUCAACAUCUCGAAAUAUUAAACUUAUCCAACAAUUUGAUAAAAAUAAUCGAUAACGAUACGUUUAACCCUUUGAACAACCUUCUCGAACUCGACGUACACUCUAACAAAUUGGCAUCCCUCAACGAAAUCAUAUUUAAAAACCUAACAAAAUUAAUUUAUUUAGACGUGUCGGAAAAUUUUAUAUCCAACGUCGCGCCGAGCACGUUUCAAUAUUUGACUAAUUUGAACAUAUUAAAUUUGGCAAGGAAUCCCCUGUCGGAAAAACAAGAGUCCGUCAUGCCGUUGUUGGGAACGGGAAAAAGACUACAAAUAGUCGACAUGUCAAAAACGGGAAUCAAACAAAUACCGGGAACUCUAGAAAGAUCCGUUAGAAUUCUCAACGUCAUGGGUAAUCAUUUGCUUUCGAUAAGGUGCGGUGAUCUCGACAGUUAUUUUUUACUCUCUUAUUUGAAUUUAAAAAACAAUAAAAUAAGUUACAUCGAAGACGAUGCUCUCGGUCGUUUGGAAUUUUUAAAUCAUUUACAAAUAAGCGAUAAUAAUUUAUUUCAAAUACCCAAAAGUCUUCCCAACAAUUUAGAAAUAUUAAAUUUAUCGUAUAAUAACAUACAAAACGUAUCCGGAUCGGAUUUUUUAAAUUUAUCACGUCUCAAACAACUUUUCCUUAGUUACAAUCAAAUAAGUUACAUCGAAGAAAAUUCAUUUAAUAAUUUAGUUAAUUUAAAUACAUUGGAUUUAUCUCAUAAUCCGAUGUUAACGCUACCCAACAUAAACGGUAAAAUGAAAUUAAAAAUUUUAAAUUUAUCUUAUUUAACGAAUAUUCCCGAAAGGUUCACGACGAGGUACAAACAAUUCCCAAUACAAUCACCGGAAAAUGUUAAACGAUUAAAUUUAGCAUCGAGUCCCGCUUUGACUUCGAUAUUUCUUCAAGACACUAAAACUCUACAAUUAUUUAUCAAAUUACAAGAAUUAGAUGUUAGAUUUUCUAAUUUGACCAUCAUGAGAAAGGAUAUUUUCGGUUUAUUACCGAAAUUAAAAAUAUUCAAAGUCGAGGGAAAUCCGUGGCAUUGCGGAAGGGAAAUAUUAAUUUUGUCUAAAUGGUUGAAAAUUCACGUCAUUGAAAAUUUAAAUUACGAUCAAGAAGAUGAUAUUAACACGGCUCAUUGUUCGACUCCGGUUUCUCUAUAUAAAACCGCAUUGAUUGAUUUGAAGGAAACCGAUUUUGACGAUGCCCAAGAUAAAAAAGAUUUCUACGACGAUUAUUAUCCGUUUUUGAUGAAAAAAACUACCGAAACCCUUCGACAAGAGUCGUCGUCCCCGACGCCGGAUAUGAGAGGUGAAAAGUUUUAUGAAAACUUUACAGAGAGUAAAAAUAGUGUCGUGGUGGAAAAUGACGACAAAAAGUUAAAUGUGAGUUUUAAAAACUAUUCGAUGACAAGUGAAAAUGUGAAACAAUUCAAUAUCGUAAAAACUCCUACUUUCGGACAAACUCUAACAAAAACAAACGGAAAUUCUUAUACCGUCGGAAAAGUCAAACAAAAUUUUACGAGUGAUAAUAAUAAUUUCACCGAAUCACAGCCGCCGACAACAACAACAACAACCGAAAGGUUUUCGAAUAAAUGGAGGAGUACGAAGAAAUCGAUUAAUAUCAAACAUGGCGAACGUGAAAAUAACGACGGAAUCACGUGGGAUUUAAACGUAACAAAUUCGUUUAAAUUAACAAAUAAAAAACAAAAACAAAUAAACAAACCUGAAGCGGUCACAUCCAAAGACGUUAGAUCCGUUGGCAAAAAUUACGAUACUCAUUUGAGUUUUUUCAUAUUAUCAUCGAUUGGAUUUAUCGCCAUGGCCACCCUCACUUUUACUUCUCUUUAUUUAUCUAAAACAAAAAGAAGAGAUCAUGAAAAUUAUCAAAGACAAAGUCAGGAUAUUGAAGUUUCAAGUAUUUCGAGUAUAGGAAAUGAAUUGUGGUGA